AUGGCAAGGGACAAAGCUCCGGGGUCAGAUGGUUUCUCUAUGGCAUUCUUUCAGGAGUGUUGGGAGGUUGUAAAGGGAGACGUUAUGAGCGUUUUUCACGAGACAAAUGGAUAUGACACUUUAUUAUUUUGUGAUACGGACCCAGGUCACAUUCAGUCAAAGGCUCUAUUAAUUUGUUUUGAAGUUGUUUCCAGUCUUAAGGUGAACAUUGGGAAAUCCGAGAUGGUGCUGUUGGGAGAUGUUAGGAAUAUUAGAAGGUUGGCAAGUAUUUUGGGCAGUAAGGUUGCUUCAUUGCCUAUGAAAUACCUGGGCCUUCCACUUGGGGCCUCUUUCAAGGCUAACACUAUAUGGGAUGGGGUGGUGGGGAAAAUUGAGGAGAUUUUCCGAGCCUUCUUGUGGGUUGGAAUUGGAGAGGAGACUAAGUUCCCCUUGGUCAAGAGGAAUAAGGUAUUUACACCAAUCUCUAAUGGAAGGUUGGGAAUUCAUAAUCAGAGAAUCUUCAAUAAGGCACUUAUUGGGAAGUGGUUAUGGAGGUAUCAUCAUGAAGGGGAAUCUUACUGGAAGAAAAUUAUUGAGUUGAAGGAUGGGAGUUUGUGA